AUGAGUAAAGUUCCAAAACAACCACUUGAAGGUAUAACAGGUUCAGCAGGAUACUCAACUAUGUCAGAUCCAGGUCAAUACGAACAACCAGCUCAAUACAGUCGACCACAACCUAUUCAAUACGGUCAACCACAACUAGGUCAAUAUGGACCACCACAGCCAUGUCAAUACGGUUAA